AUGUCGUCAGUGCCUCAAUCAAACGGCAAGGUUGCCCGUAGAACCCGUCGUACGCGUGCUCAAAUCGAGGAGGAUCUCGUCGCCUCAGGUCUCCCGGCUAGCGCUGCCCGAGCGACACCUGCGGCCAUCAAACGGUCACGUCUGGCCGCUCAAAAACGCGAUGCCAAGUUGAAUGGAGGCGAGAGUGACCGGAGCACUACUGAUGGCCAUGACCACAGUGAGGUCCCAAACGAGCGAAAUGAACAUACCUCUCUUGUACCCAUCCCCAGUGCUGAAGAACUCCUUGCCAAUCAAGAGAUCGUGGACGCCCAAAUUCCAUCGGCUUCCCUCGUGAUUCCAGGUCCUUUGGUUGCCAUUGCAGAAUCCGAACUGAACGCUCACUAUCGCUCUUUUCUUGACAACGACGCGGACUCGCCACCCCCAACUCCAAGACCUGCUUCGCCGGUUGAACCUUUACCCAACCCACCCCUUACACGUGCGACUGCCACCUCUUCCCACGCGAAAAAAAAGAUCAUCGCCUCAUCCAGACGCAAAUCGGCCAGAAAGGACACACUCACGGCGGAAGAACGUGCCCUAGACAGCUCUUCAGACGAAGGCCCUAGUAUCUCGACAGCGACCCAAUCUCCAAUUGAACGCGGACAUGGCCUAAAUUUGUGA